UUUCAGGCCAAAAUUUCUAGAAAAACACACAACACCAUUAUAUAGAGAACUGCCUACCUCUUCCUUCUUUUCGCUACAAAACCCAAAACCCAGCUACGUGCGGAGAGAAACAUCGGGCAUCUUCACUUGUCUGGAGGGUUCAAUGAGCUCCAUCACGACUGACACCAAGAAGGAGCAAAAGGGUCCUCCUCAAAUUGUCAAAUUGAAUAAAGCUUUGGCUUUGGCCGAAAAGUGGGUUAGUAACAUGAGUAAACUACCGGCAGAAGAUGAGUCUUUUGAGACACAGAAUCGACCUGCUAGGCUUGGUCUAGGUGCUAAAGUCUCCCGUACAUCCACAUUUGUGCCUUCAGAUGAUCCCCUUGAAAGAAAGCUAUAUUACAAGUUGAAUGCUCAAAAGAAGAAAGCUUCCAAAAUCGCAGAGGAGUUAGCACCAGCUGCUGCAGAUGGUGAUGAUGAUGAUGAUGAAGAUAAUGAAGACAGCAGAACCAGGGCGUUCGGGAAGAAAAAGAGAGCGGCUAAUCAACUGACCCCACCUUUAGGGAAAAAGAAAAGGAGAAAGUGAGUAUCUUAACCAUCUCAUUCUGUUGAAAGCUUUGGUCCUGUUCUUGUUGUAGCUGAUACAAUUUUGUAGUAGUCUUGAAUCACUUGAUGAUUCUGUUAAUGAAACAUAUUCACGAGAAAUUUUAACUUUGUGAGGUAAGGAUGGUGAGGCAAAUGAUAUGCAUUCCUCAUCAGCUAAUUCCAGGGAACUCGUCGGUCCUUUUUUCGUGCUCUGGGAUGCUAAUUAUGUUUUUAUCGCGUUAGAAUUCCUGAUCAAUAAUACUUAUUUGCUGUGAUU